AUGAGUGGCGCGGCUGGCCCGGAUUUGGCGGAGGUGCCGGAGGAGCGACGUUUCCUCAGCACCGAGGAGGCAGCCGCCCUGGAGCGGGAGCUUCUGGAGGAUUAUCGCUUUGGGCGACAGCAGUUGGUGGAGAUGUGCGGUCAUGCUAGUGCCGUGGCUGUGACCAAGGUGUUUCCCUUGUCUGCCCUCUCCCGGAAGCAGAGGACAGUGCUGGUUGUGUGUGGCCCGGAGCAGAACGGGGCUGUGGGGCUGGUCUGUGCCCGGCACCUGCGGGUGUUUGAGUAUGAACCGACCAUCUUCUACCCCACACGCUCACUGGACCCACUGCACCGGGACCUGACUACCCAGUGCGAGAAGAUAGACAUCCCUUUCCUAUCCUUUCUGCCCACAGAGGUCCAGCUCAUCAAUGACGCAUACGGGCUGGUGGUGGAUGCUGUGCUGGGCCCUGGCGUGGAGCCCUGUGAAGUCGGAGUCCCCUGCACACGUGCGCUGGCCACACUCAAGCUGCUGUCCAUCCCCCUUGUGAGCCUGGACAUUCCCUCAGGCUGGGAUGCGGAGACCGGCGGCGACACUGAAGAUGGGCUGCGACCUGACGUGCUGGUAUCGCUGGCGGCGCCCAAGCGCUGCGCUGGCCGCUUCUCUGGGCGCCACCACUUUGUGGCCGGCAGGUUCGUGCCCGACGACGUGCGCCGAAAGUUCGCUCUGCGCCUGCCUGGGUACACUGGCACCGACUGCGUGGCGGCACUGUAACCGCACCCGGCACCCACGUGGCUUGGACGCUCGCCAAUAAACAGAUGUCCCACCACCGCC